AUGCUUCAAGGAAACCCUUUUGUAUGUGAAAAAUCUAACUACUUAUUUUUCUUUUCUAUUUCUAGUGUUCGCAACUUAGAUAGAAGUAGAGAGGACGAACGUCGAACGAAAAUGGACGGCAGCCAACACCCGAGCUUCGAGGAUUAUUUUGCCUGUCAAUCUGUUUAUAAUAUUUUAGGGAAUGAGUCCGAUUUGAAACUAUCUGACUUUGGGUUUGAAAUGGGCGACUGCGUGGUCGAAAAGACAGCCAUGCUAAACGUUGGCGAAAAGAUCCACGCCUAUUCAACUCCAGUUAUCUUCGCCAUGGGCAUUUUAGGCAAUUCUAUAUCGCUGAAAAUCUUUCUCUCCAAAAACUUCCGGCGUCAAGCGGGUGGAGUCUACUUAGCCUCCCUGUCCUGUGCUGACAUCUUCGCAUUGGUUUUUUUCGUCAUGACUCAGUGGCUGAAACGGGUGUGGCCGAUAUUUACGGACAGUCGCGUCACUCCAGUUGUGGACACCGAUGGUCUAUGUCAAGUUAUCUUAUACCUCUCCUAUACAUCUCGUUUUCUUUCGUCAUGGUUAGUGGUUACAUUCACUGUCGAACGUUAUAUUGGGGUGUGCCACCCUUUUAAAAGAUUAGAAUGGUGUACUACUAAGACUGCCCGAAGGGGUAUCGUAGUGCUCACCCUUAUUUCUCUCGUUUUUAACUCAUUUAAGCCAGCUCUGAGUGGAGUUUACAUGCUGGACGGAGAGCUGACUAAAUGUACCGGUAACCCUGACUACCAUUAUAUAUCUUUCAUACUGGACAGCGUUUACGCCGUGUCUAUAACUUUAGUGCCUUUUGUUGUCAUUCUCCUCUUAAACGUGAUGAUCAUCCGGGCUUUGGUGAAAUUAAAAAGGCGGCAAAAGACAAAUCAAGUGAAAGCAAAAGAAGCUGGCGGUCGAACGGAUUUCACCCUCCUCUUACUGAUGAUCUCUUUCUGUUUCAUUGCUCUUAAAGUGCCCUUCUUCGUCACUUGGUGUCGCCAAUUCCUCUACUCUCUGCAUCUUCAGCGCGACACUUCCGGCAAUAUAGACAACAUCAACAGAAUUGAAAUCAUCAAAGGAAUACUUAAUAUCACUCGAACUGUUUUCUACAUGAACUACGCCACUAAUUUCUUCCUGUACAGUUUUGUCGGGUCUUCUUUUCGCCUUGAGCUGAAACGGCUCGUGUGUUGCCAGUGUCGUGAGAACCGAUCAUACUCAUGGACACCACAGAGGACAUGCAUGCAGUCUGACCUGAGCCACGGCGAGACGUUCAACAGGAAUACAGCACAGAGAAAUCAAACAGUUGACGAUGUGUGA